AUGCGGGCGGGCCGCGGUGCGGCGGCCGGGGAGGCGGCGGCGGCGGCCGAAGAGGAGGCUGCCGAAGCGGCCAAGCGCGGCGGGGCGGCGGCGGCGGCGGCAGCGGCAGCGGCUGCGGCGGGGAGGGUGCGGAGCCGCGGCGGGAAGGGGUCCCCGAAUGGCGAGUGCCGGCGCGGGGAUCCGCCGCGCAGCCCCGGCCCGGAGCCGCCCCGGGAGCCCAAGGUCUCCUUCUCCUGCGGCGGUGGCGGCGGCGGCGGCGGCUCCGCAUCCCCCGGCGGGGCCAAGGCGGCCGAGGAGGGCGCGGGCGAGGAUGCGGGAGAGGAGGCCCGCGGGAGCCAGGCCAGCUUCAUGCAGCGGCAGUUCGGGGCCAUGCUCCAGCCCGGCGUGAACAAGUUCUCGCUGCGGAUGUUCGGCUCGCAGAAGGCGGUGGAACGGGAGCAGGAGCGCGUCAAGUCGGCGGGGGCCUGGAUCAUCCACCCCUACAGCGACUUCAGGUUUUACUGGGACUUCACAAUGCUGCUCUUCAUGGUGGGCAACCUCAUCAUCAUCCCCGUGGGCAUCACCUUCUUCAAGGAGGAGACCACAGCUCCCUGGAUCGUGUUCAAUGUGGUCUCUGACACCUUCUUCCUGAUGGAUCUGGUGCUCAACUUCCGGACGGGGAUCGUCAUCGAGGACAACACCGAAAUCAUCCUGGACCCCGAGAAGAUCAAGAAGAAGUACCUCAAGACCUGGUUUGUGGUGGACUUUGUCUCCUCCAUCCCUGUGGACUACGUCUUCCUCAUUGUGGAGAAGGGCAUCGACUCGGAGGUCUACAAGACCGCUCGAGCCCUGCGCAUCGUUCGCUUCACCAAGAUCCUCAGCCUGCUGCGGCUCCUGCGCCUCUCCCGCCUCAUCCGCUACAUCCACCAGUGGGAGGAGAUUUUCCACAUGACCUACGACCUGGCCAGCGCCGUGAUGAGGAUCAUCAACCUCAUCGGCAUGAUGCUGCUGCUGUGCCACUGGGACGGCUGCCUGCAGUUCCUGGUGCCCAUGCUGCAGGACUUCCCGCAGAACUGCUGGGUCUCCAUCAACGGCAUGGUGAACGACUCCUGGAGCGAGCUCUACUCCUUCGCCCUCUUCAAGUCCAUGAGCCACAUGCUGUGCAUCGGCUACGGGAAGCAGGCCCCCGAGAGCAUGACGGACAUCUGGCUGACCAUGCUCAGCAUGAUCGUGGGGGCCACCUGCUACGCCAUGUUCAUCGGCCACGCCACCGCCCUCAUCCAGUCGCUGGACUCCUCCCGGCGCCAGUACCAGGAGAAGUACAAGCAGGUGGAGCAGUACAUGUCCUUCCACAAGCUGCCCGCCGACUUCCGCCAGAAGAUCCACGACUACUACGAGCACCGCUACCAGGGCAAGAUGUUUGAUGAGGACAGCAUCCUGGGGGAGCUCAACGAGCCCCUCCGUGAGGAAAUUGUGAACUUCAACUGCCGCAAGCUGGUGGCCUCCAUGCCGCUGUUUGCCAACGCGGACCCCAACUUCGUCACGGCCAUGCUCACCAAGCUGAAGUUUGAGGUGUUCCAGCCGGGCGACUACAUCAUCCGAGAGGGGACCAUCGGCAAGAAGAUGUACUUCAUCCAGCACGGGGUGGUCAGCAUCCUCACCAAGGGCAACAAGGAGAUGAAGCUCUCCGACGGCUCCUACUUCGGAGAGAUCUGCCUGCUGACGCGGGGCCGGCGCACGGCCAGCGUCCGGGCGGACACCUACUGCCGCCUCUACUCGCUCUCGGUGGACAACUUCAACGAGGUGCUGGAGGAGUACCCCAUGAUGAGGAGAGCCUUCGAGACCGUGGCCAUCGACCGCCUCGACCGCAUCGGGAAGAAGAACUCCAUCCUGCUCCACAAAGUGCAGCACGACCUCAACUCGGGCGUCUUCAACAACCAGGAGAACGAGAUCAUCCAGGAGAUCGUCAAGUACGACCGGGAGAUGGUGCAGCAGGCGGAGCUGCAGCAGCACACGGCCAUGUACAGCCCCGUCCAGCCUCAGGUCACCUCUGCCAUCGCCACCCUCCAGCAAGCCGUCGCCAUGAGCUUCUGCCCGCAGAUGGCCAGCCCGCUGGUGGGCUCCAUGGCGCUGGGCUCGCCCCGCAUGAUGCGCCGCCUGCAGUACGCCCAGGCCGUGCCCAGCCCCUUCGCCGUCUCCCCUGUCCUGCUGCAGCAGAGCUCCCCGCAGCAGCCGCAAGCCCCCGUGCCCCACGCCAACCCCUCGCCCUCGCAGGACCCGGUGCAGCCUGCCACCUUGUCCGCCUCCACCAGCGCCUUCGCCGCGGCCAGCCCGCCCACCCAAAGCCCCCUGGCCAGUCGGACGUUCGCCUACGGAGCCAGCCCGGGCCAGCUGGGCUCGCAGCUCUCCCUCAGCCAGCAGCAGGCCCCCGGCUCCCCCCAGCGCCUGGCUGCCCACAAGAGCACGCAGGCGCUGCACACCAGCAGCCUCAGCCAGGAUUCGAGGCCCCUCUCGGCCUCGCAGCCCUCCCUGCCCCACGGGCUGGCGGCCGGCAGCACCCAGAGCCCCCCGGCCUCGGCCCGCGAGUCCUCCACCUCCAUCGGCGGGGGCGCAGCCGCUGCCUCGCCGGGCCCCGGUCCCCCGGCCGGGCUGCGGGUCCAGGCGCCCUCGCGAGGGGCUGCUGCUGCCCACCCGGCGGCACCGGUGGGCUCGGUGCCCGCCCCGCCCCAGGACUCCGCGGCCGCCCGCAAGGAUUCGGCGGCCAGCACGCCCGACACGGACCCGGCCAAGUCCAGGCUGUCUUCCAACUUGUGACCUCCGGCCCCGCGCCCUCCUCCCACCGCCACCCGGGGACGAGCUCACCGGAGGGGCUGCGGCACUGAGCCCCGACUCGCCCCUCUGCCCGCCCCGCAUCGUCCCGACAAGGAGCACCGGGCGGGGCGCCGCCGGCCGCCAGCCCCUGGCUUCCCCUCGCCGCACGCUACAGGGUGGGGCAACUGCCGGGAGUGGGCACGGAGCCCCUGCUCCCCCUCCCCACCCCGCUCUCACCCCACCGCCAUCACCACGGGGACACGACGGAGGCCGGGGUGAGCCCCCGGCUGCAUCGCCUCCGACCAAAGUGUGGCUCCCAUCUCCUGCUCCCCGCGGCGAAGCCCCCACCCGCCCCACCCUGCUCCCCAGCCUCGCAGGCUGCCCCAUCGAAGCCACUGCUGCAUCGCCCCCGCGACCAACGCUGUAUAUGGUAUCUAUGACCUGAGUACCCACCCCUGUGCGUGCCUCUGCAGGACACCCCCCCGGGGGCUUCACCCCCUGGCUGUCCCUCCUGCCCUCCCACAGCCCCAGGCAAAGAGGUGAUGGUCCAGGACUGGAGGUAAGUUGUGCGUGGGGGUGGUUCUGAGGGAUGGUCACCCCCUGAAGCUUGUGAGCACCCCACACCCACACUGUCGUCCCCCUCCCCCGUCCCCACCAACCUGGCCCUGCAGCUGCGAGGUGGGGGUUAAAGGUGGCCUGGCCUGACCUGCCUGUAGUCAGCAGUGGGGCAGAGGCUGGAGCCAGAGUCCUCACCCUGAGGCUGCCCCGUGGGUGGUCGGGGAAGGCACAGAGGGGGAUGUGUGUGCAGGUAGCUGUGAGCGUUGAGUGUGAGUGUGAGUGUGUGUGUGUGCACGUCUGCCUCUGCCUCACACUCCAGAGCCUUCCACGCUGAAUGCAGCCAGUGACUGCAGACGAGGGGCCCCACGCCAGCCCCGGGCCAGGGCCCCACUCCAGGCGUCCACCUUUCCAUCCAGCCCAUCCUGUGCAAUAAACGUCAGCGACUGACAGAGCUA